AUGUCGAUGUAUCCCUGGCAUGGGACGACGGGCUCCAACAACCAUCACCACCACACUGCAGCCACCGCAUCAGGCUCUCGAAUUGACCAUACGGCUGGGUCUUCGUCACCAGCCUCGUUUCAGAUGCCGCAGCUGCGAUGGCUCCCGUCCAUGAUGUCGCGCUCGCAGCAGCAGCAGCAGCAACAACAACAACAACAACAACAACAGCAAAACACCCUCCAGCAGAAUACGCUGCCGACCAUUUCGACGAAUCUGCGUAUGGGUCAGAAUUCGCACCAUCAGCCCGUCGCAGUCGUCGUCGACGCGCGACCUCCCCAGGCGGAAUUGAGCGAGGGGUCUGAUAGUGACCAGUCCGAUAGCGCUGCGCGGGACACUGGCGGCCCGGACGCAAUUAUGGGUGAUCCGGAUUAUGCACCGUCGCCGCCGGAUUUGGGCCAGGGCGGUGUGCAGCAUGGGGUUUCCGGCGCGGUGGGGACCGGGGUUGGAGCUGGAGCUGGAGGGGCAGGAGCGAGAGCCGGGGGCGGAGGCGGUCUUGUGGUGGGAAGGUUGCUCGGGGAUGAAGACCUCGAUGGCGGAGCGGCGGGCGACACGCCGCGCAAGCACGGCAAGCGGCUCACCACCAAGGAGGAGGUGUCGCUGUUCGACAUCUGCAACCGACACGCGGCGGAUUUCGGGCAGCGCAGCAACCUGUGCAAAUGGUGGAAGACGGUCACGGAGGAGUUCACGCGCGACCAGGGCCAUCCGUACUCGUGGCACUCGGUGCGUCGCAAAGUCGAGAUCGUCACCAAGCAGCGCAUGAAGUUCCUCGAGGAGCAGCGCGAGAAGGGCGGCACCGACAGCGACGACCUGUCGAAUCCGCGCUGGCGCACCGCCGUCGACGCCUGGAUCCCCACCUGGCAGCGCUGGGAGGAGGCCGAGGCCCGCCGCAUCGAGAAGCGCGACUCGCGCCAGACUCGCAAGCGGAAGGGCCGCUCGUUCGACCUGUGGGACGGCAACUCCGACGGCUGGCGGCCCUCCUCCACUCCGGUCGUGGAGAACCGUUUCCAAAGCCAGUCCCAGCAGCCUCAGGCGUCCUCGGCGCCCGCUGCCUCGCCCACGCUCCCUGCUGCUGCUGCCACCACCACAACCACUCUCAAUGGCGCCAAUGCUGCCGCCGCCGGGGCUACGACCACCUCCUCCACCUCGCAGAACCCCGUCCGUCUGCCCCCGGGCUUCGACUCGAUGUUCGCGACCCCAACCACCCAGGCAGGCCGGAAAGCCUCCAGCGCAGGCGCAUGGACCUACCCGCACGCAUCGGCAACGACUCACACUCCCUCGGCCCUGGAAGGCAGCAUGAUGACCGCCGUGCUGGAAACCCUCGGCAAACUCAACAGACACCUUGACGCCGUGAGCACCGACCCGCGCUCCUCGUCCUUCGUCAGCUCCCUCGCCACAAACGCCAACCCGGGCAGCCAGGACCCGCUCCUGCGCGCAGACGGGCACGGCAACGGGAACAGCAACGGCAUCGCCCACGACGGCGGCGCCGCCAGCUCCAUGUCCUCCGUCUUCAUCAGCCAGCUCAAGGAUGAGCUCCGGCAGGAAAUGCAGGAUGAGCUGCGCCGGGAGCUGGAGAAGGACCGCGCCUCGUUGGAGGAGAAGCUGGACUCCGUGCAGCGGACCCAGGAGAUGAUUCUUGACAUGUUGCGGCAGGAGCCUUGA